GGCGUCUCACACGUAUACAAUACCUCGGAAGCGUCCAUGGAUACCCACACACACACAGACAGUACGGACAUCAAGUGCAGCGACUAAAGACAUGUACACGGCCCUCUACAGCAUGAGUUCCCUGCUACUUUGCACUUGCUUGAUCCAGCUGGAUGAAUGAGAGAGACACGAAAACGACUACAAAUGAUGUGUUUUUCCCGCGCUAAGAGUGGUUGGCAGAAUACGUCGACGGGCUUCUGGCAUAUGCUGUCGAAGACAUGCAUGACGAGCACUGAGCUGAAUGCACUUUACGUGUGCACAUCGGCUGGUGAGAGUCUGUUGUAUGCCGUCUGUAUAGGUGUCGGCCAAGACGCCCAGAUUCGAUGCUCUAGAAAUGAAAGGAUACAUCAGCACGGGCAGAGAAAGGUCAUGUCAUGUGUUCAUUGGUACCAGCGCCAAUCGUUCCUCCAUCCGGAUUUGCCGCUUGCUGAUGUCUUGCAGCACUGACACACGGGAGAGGAGACACAUGGAUGAAGGUAGCCACGAAGUGAUCUUCCUCACCUGACUCAUUCUUCUGAAUCUGAUCCUUGAGUUGAUUAAGUGCUGCCAUACAAACAGAAGAGUUACAGCCUGCACAGGUACCGUGUUUGUGUCUCACCUGCGAUGACGUCAGGAAAGGAUAAAUUGUGAUGGUCUGCGGCCUCAAUCCACCUGUGGAUGUUCCCGUUGAAUGUCUUGCGUGCUUCACGCCUUGUCCUCGUCGCACUUCUCUCAUAAGAGAGCAACAGCGACGGAAGCUUUGGGAACGAUGUUUGUGACCGAGGCAAUGGGACACUUUGUCUCCGAGACGUCCCAUCGAUGGUAUCAUCAGAUUCCUUGAACACACACGAACACACACGAACACACACACAUCCCACAGAAUGAUGGAUCACACUCUUUCGCAUUCACUUGUGAUGUGCAGAAGCCUCUCAGACUGUCGUAGAGUAUGGACAAAGGCGCAAGGGGAUAGAGGACGACAGAGAGAGCCUCUAAAUAGUGUCCCCGCCGCAUCGCCUGCAGAAAGUCCUCCAGCCCACGAUAGAUGGCGGCUGGUAUGAAGGCGAUGGCAAAGAGAAUGGCGUCAACCGUGGAGUACACGGCUUUGCUCGACCAGAAGACCAUGCGCCAGAGUGUCGACUGCUGCCGCCGUUGUUCACUCAUUAGAGACGAGACGUAUCGUAAGGGCACGGAUAUCACCACAGCUGCAAAGACAGACGCACAGUCAUGCUCACAUUUCGAUGGAUGACUCAGGAUGAGAUAAUUUUCUCACUGACCGAUGAGGUUGAACGGUGGCGCAUGCCGCUCGUGCUGAGACACAGUGAGAUACUCAUUCAACACGCGAAUGCGCAGCAACCUGAAUGGGCAAAAGUAUAUUAUUAUGCAUCGAUUUUCAUUCCCUCUGCUUCUUCUCGACUGGUAUUGCGCGUUUUGUGUCGCUUCGAUCGCCGAAUACGUUGACGCCAUGAUGGCGAUAAGCAGAUUGAGCUAUCCGAGCAACAACACAAGAAAUGCAUGUGUGACAUUCCAUGGAUAUGGUCCAGUGGCUCACAAGUAUGAUGGAUGACAGUACGGCAUAGAUGAGGAGCAGCACGGUGCCCAGCGUGUCUUGGGACUCGAUGGCAUUGUUCAGUGCGUUGUCGAAGUCGCCAAAGCCGACAUAGAAGCUGCAGAGUGAAGAGCACCAUGUCAUGGCCGCGCACUGUCUUCUCAUGCGCUCACAUACAUACAAGUUGAGUGUGGCUUGGCCAUAGGUGCCGAAGAACUCAUGGUCUUCGUUGUAGGAGAACAGAAGAAUGGCGGCGAAGACCAGCAGGAUGUAGAGGUAUAGCAGCAGGAACAUGCUGAUGUCGGACAGCAUUCUCAGCACAGCACUGAUUGGUCAGACAUGCCGCACAGAUGAUAUGCUGCUGCGAAGCAUGGCUCUGUGUCGCCAUGGCUGUGCUCACAGAAUUUGUGGCCCCACAGUGGGAUGCAGGCUAGCUGUCUGGAGGAUGCGCAGGGCGAAAAGCAGGGCAAUCAGAACACCUGCCUUGACUUUCAUGGCAUCCGACCACCCCGUGAAGUGGGUGAUGAUGAAGGCGAUGAUGGUGAGGGAACUCACCGAGUCAAUAUAGUUCCUGCCCCACAGCAAAGCAAGGAGCCACCAGCACACCUGGCUUUGUGUAUUUGGGGCUUACCAUGAGUCCGCCCAGUACGAUGUCCCAAGGCGAAUGCACUGCAGACGAACAAGAAGAGAGCAUGCAUAUAGAUGCGGUGUGCCUCGUUUCUUCCUCACCUGAGAAAUCUCCUGCAGAAUGAAUCCAAUGCCAGUCAUUACGGUGCUCCACAGCCACACAGACUGCCCCAUACAUGAAAACUUGGCGUCGUCAUUUCCUUUGAGCUCCUCUAUGUGAAGAAGCACAAAGGUGACCCUGCGGCACAAUGCAGCAAAAAAAGAAAAGAAAUGACCAAUACGCGACUUUCUGGCCACUGCAGCAGUACAUCAUAAGCAUCGACAGCACGCGGCUGAUGAACACGUCACGCGGCGAGAUGUUGGCGCUGCCGUUCUUGUAUGUCUCUUGCCAAUGGUCUUCACGAGAUAGACACACAAGGAGUUCGCGAAAUGUCUUGUAUGUCUCUUGUAUUCUUCUUACAUGUGACAAAGGAAAUGGAGUUCGCUGUCGCAGUCAUUCGCAGAAGAAAAUAACAGACAUGGACAAGGUAGCAGAUUCGGAUACAUGAUCCGAUUCACCUUGCGUGACUACUUGUAGCGGUUCUGCAGCCUCAAGCAGUGUAAGCCAUUCUUUCCCCUUGCCGGCAAGACUUUCGCGGAAGUCAUUCUCUGAUGUAUCGGUGCAGAAGCCGGCUGCAAAUGCCUGAGAGCCACACGAAUGGAUCGAUGCAGAAUCAAAGGAUGCUGGUUCUCCCUGUUCACCUCCAGCCAUUCCGCUAACUUCGAAAGAUCAUCGCUGAGGGAAUCCUGCUGUCGAGACUGCAUCAGCUGACGAAAGACGGAACAAGACCGAAGACUGUCGAUGCCAGGCGACUCCGAUCGAUCCCUCAGGAAGCCACGCAUAAAUGGAACCACUUCUUGAAGGACCUGAGGCUUUAACAGCUGAUCGAGCUGCUCGCUACUCGUCUCCAGAAGCUCUAUGACCAUGUGUCCAGCCACGCCAACCAUCACAGUGAGAACCUUCGCCGAGAAGAAGACUACACCGACCAUCCCAGCCGCAAUCAGAGCACGAUCAAAAGCCGUCUCUCCGUCCUGUCACAGAUGAGCGGCAGUGAUUUGAGAUGUGCAUGUAGUCAGUGUAGCCCACAUUGUUCUUGGUCUUCAGCAGCUGUGGAUACAGUUUCAAUAUCCACUCCACGACAUCAGCGUGGCCCUCGUCUGUGAGAGGUCGACAAGAGACGUCUUUGAGAGAUCAAUACUUCUGUAUUAUUGUCCAUUUGCAAGAUGACUUACCGGCUGCAUAAUGGAGCGCAGUGUAGCCGUUCUGAAUCAGGCAGAAAGACCUUAGUAUUUCUGAUGCAUCAGUGGAGAGACACAACUUUCACCUCGUCUUGAUAUUUCAGCAGGUCCGACCCGCCCCAAUCGACAAACUUCUCCACAAGAUAAAGCUCAUCCUUCUCGGCCACGACGUGAAGAGGCGUCCUGCCCCUCUGAGAGACACAGAGCACACAGACACAUACAACACACAUACAACACAGAUACACACCAGGGACUUGUCGGCUAUGUCGAUUACGAUGCAUCUUACUUACCGCAUCUUUGACAGAGAGCAGAUGUCGUCGGUCCUGCAGCAGCGUCUCAAAGACUUCCGCAUCACGACAAGUGCCUAAGAAACACCCCAAGCAGUGCUGGCAAGCACCCCAACACCUGAUACGCAGGUGCAGUACCUACCUGCAGCAUAAUGGAUGGCCGAAUGAUGGCCGCACCAGUCUCCGCUCUUCAGCGUUAUUUCGACAUGCUCAGGCUUCAUCCCCAUGAACAUGUUCUCCAGGCCUUCUGCAUCUCCUUUGUCGAUGGCCUCCUUGAUGCUAUCUCUAAAAUCAUUUGUUGUCAAGACAGCGGAUCUGUGUACCAUCUGCAAACAGAAAGAGUCCUCCACUCCAAGCGUGUUUGGUAACUGCCCUUCUAGAAGGUUCACCUGCCGGGGUGAGUAUAUUAUCGUUCGCAGAGCAGGUGGCAGCUCCCCCUUGACGUCAUCCAGGGAUUCAGCCUGCUCUAUCGGCGGUGGCUUUGUUUGCCGGUCGGCUUCUCGCAGAUGGACAAGGUCUUCACUCGACCCCGAAUCGGACUCAGCCGGAUACACAUCCGCCCUCUGCAUUUCAGAGAAUUACCCAGCUUUCAGUGCCUAAGGCUUCAAGUUGCAGUGGGCAUCAUCGCUGACCCUGGGAUCAUCCGUCUGUCCGUGGAGGAGCGUUGGCGGCCUCGGUAUUGCCUUAGCGGCUAUGGGCAUCUUACAGACUCGCUACCGUGACGACAAGAGCAGAGGAGUCGCUUUU